UUGCGGUGGCAUUGGUGAUACUACUGAUACGGAACUAGGGUGAACUCACGUUUUCCACGUUUUGCAUCAGCCGUGUGUUGUUGUUGUAUGGUCGUUAAAAGGUGAACUCAUCAGCACUGCCCCACAUUCCCUGGACAAUUUGAUUCCAACCAAGAGGGAUUACCAUCAAUUCAGGAUGCCGGGUGGCCAAGAGAGCGCGUGGGUGCCAUCCACUGCCAUCGAUUUUGCGGCCGAGGAAGUCCGUAUUCUGGAGCUGUGGCAAAAUCUGCGAGCCUUUGAAACGUGUCUAAAGCAAAGCCAAGAUCGACCUCGCUUCACCUUCUACGACGGACCGCCCUUUGCCACGGGUUUGCCCCACUUUGGGCACAUUCUAGCCGGCACUAUUAAGGACAUCAUCCCCAGAUGGAUGCAUCAACAAGGAUUCCACGUGGAACGCCGUUUCGGUUGGGACACGCACGGAUUACCCGUUGAGUAUGAGAUUGACAAGACACUCAACAUUAAAGGACCAGCCGAUGUGGCCAAGAUGGGCAUUGAAAAGUACAACAAUGAAUGUCGCAAGAUCGUCAUGAGAUAUGCGUCCGAGUGGGAAAGCACUGUGACUCGGCUUGGUCGGUGGAUUGACUUUAAGAAUGAUUAUAAAACGUUGUAUCCGUGGUUCAUGGAAUCGGUUUGGUGGGUGUUUAAGCAACUCUGGGACAAAGAUCUCAUUUAUAAAGGAUUCCGCGUCAUGCCGUAUUCCACUGGCUGUUGCACUCCGUUGGCUAAUUUUGAAGCCACGCAGAACUACAAGGAGGUCCAAGAUCCAUCCGUGAUUGUGCACUUCCCUCUGGACGAAGACCCCACAGUCUCUUUCGUGGCCUGGACGACCACGCCUUGGACCUUGCCAAGUAACAUGGCUUUGUGCGUUAAUCCGAAAUCCACUUACGUCAAAGUGCAGGAUCUGAAGAGAAACAAAACGUUCAUUAUGAUGGAAUCACGAUUGUCCUACGUCUUAGGCGCCAAGGGUGCUAAAUACAAAGUGCUAGAAAGCUUCAAGGGUGCGUCGCUAAAGGAUAAGAAAUACAAGCCCAUCUUUGACUACUUCUCCCAAUACAAGUCGACUGAGCCUGGUCAAGGAGCCUUCCGAGUCAUGGUAGACACCUACGUUAAUGAAGGGUCUGGAACAGGAAUCGUUCAUCAGGCUCCGUUUUUCGGUGAAGAUGAUAAUCGUGUGUGUUUGGCCGGAGGAAUCGUUGAAAAAGGCGGCGACGUGAUUUGUCCACUUGAUGCCAUGGGCAAGUUCACGAAGCCCGUCACCGACUUUCUUGGCAUGUAUGUCAAAGAUGCGGACAAAGAGAUCAUCAAGAAGCUGAAGGAGGACGAUCGCUUGAUCAAUGUCUCGCAAGUUUCCCAUAGUUAUCCAUUUUGCUGGCGAUCUGACACGCCUCUUCUUUACAAAGCCAUACCUUCCUGGUUCAUGCGAGUGGAACAAAUGCAAGACUUACUGUUGGAGCGGAAUGCCGACACUUAUUGGGUUCCUGAAUCGAUUAAGGAGGGUCGAUUUGCCAAUUGGCUUCGAGACGCUCGUGAUUGGAAUUUGUCGAGGAAUCGGUAUUGGGGCACACCAAUUCCUGUGUGGAUGUCCGAGGAUGGCGAAGAGUCCGUUUGUAUAGGUUCAAUUGACGAGUUGGCCCAAUUGAGUGGAGUGAAAGUCGAGGAUCUACAUCGAGAAACUGUCGACAAGAUUACAAUUCCCUCGUCACGACCAGGCCAACCUCCAUUGAAGAGAAUCACGGAAGUGUUCGAUUGUUGGUUCGAAUCGGGUGCAAUGCCUUACGCUCAAGCCCAUUACCCAUUUGAGAACAAGAAACAGUUUGAGGAUUCUUUCCCCGCUGAUUUUAUUGCCGAGGGCACUGAUCAAACGCGUGGUUGGUUUUAUACUCUUCUCGUUUUGUCCACGGCUUUGUUCAAUAAGGCUCCAUUCAAGAAUCUAAUUGUCAACGGACUAGUUUUGGCUUCGGACGGACAAAAGAUGAGCAAAAGGUUGAAAAACUAUCCUGAUCCCAAUGAAAUCAUGGACAAGUACGGAGCUGACGCUCUCCGGUUAUUUCUCAUCAAUAGCCCUGUGGUUAAGGCCGAAUCUUUGAAGUUCAAGGAGGAAGGUGUCCAAUACAUCCUGAAAGACGUGUUCCUGCCCUGGUACAACGCCUAUCGUUUCUUGCUUCAGAACAUUGACACUUAUCAAAGAGAGACUGGACAAACUUUCCAAUGGUCUGAAAGUACUUACGGAAACUCUGAAAAUGUCAUGGACAAAUGGAUUAUUAGUUUCACGCAAUCGCUCUUGGUGUUUGUAAAGAAAGAAAUGGCGGCCUACCAUUUGUACACUGUCCUACCCAAGCUCAUGAAAUUCAUUGAAAACUUAACCAACUGGUAUGUGCGGACCAAUCGAAGGCGUCUGAAGGGCGAAGGUAAUUCCACUGAAGAUUGUUUGACUGCCUUGGAGACGCUGUUUUCGGUGGUGUUCACGAUGGUGCGAGUAUUCGCUCCCUUCACGCCAUUCCUCACCGAAAACAUGUACCAGCGUUUGCGGAAGUUUGCCCAAGGGUUCGACACAGACGAUUUAGCAUCAGUUCAUUAUGUGAUGAUCCCUCGUCCUCGGCUUGAUCUGAUUAAUGAAGACAUUGAAAGAUCCGUCGCUAGAAUGCAGACCGUCAUCGAGUUGGGAAGAGUGGUCAGGGAUCGAAAGGUCAUGCCCAUCAAGUACCCUCUCCCAGAAUUGGUACUCAUCCACAAGGAUCAACAAUGCCUGGAUGACGUUAAGUCGUUUGAGACUUAUGUACUGGAGGAGCUCAACAUCAAGCAAUUGACACUCUCGACGGACAAACAACAAUAUGGGGUGGAGCUCCGUGCCGAACCCAAUCAUAAGACCUUAGGGUUGCGUUUCAAAGGAGCCUUCAAAGAAGUGAUGAAAGAGAUCAAGGCUCUCAAUGACGAAAAAAUUUCAGACUUCCUCAAGACCGACAAGAUCCAAAUCUUAGGCCAUGAUUUAGAGCCUGAGGAUCUUCGAAUCAUGUACACCUUUGCCGGAGAUCAGGCCUUGUCCGAGAAGUAUGAGGCCCACUCGGAUAAUGAUGUCCUCGUUUUAUUGGAUUGCACACCUGAUCAAUCAAUGUUGGAUGAAGGCCUGGCUCGAGAAGUGAAUAAUCGCAUUCAAAAAUUGCGCAAGGCAGCCAAAUUGGUUCCGAGUGAUCAGGUCACGGUCUACUACGAACUCCAACCGGCUGAUCACAACUUGCAGAAUGUGAUCAAUACCUUCCAAGAAUAUAUCGAGAACACGACCAAGUCUCCGAUCCGUCCCAUUGCUCAACGAAGCACUUCUGAAAGCCAGAUAACCCAUGAAACUUUCUCCGUUAAAGAUGCAACCUUGAACUUGACCAUCACCAAGGGGUUUCCGAACAAAUCGUCUGUUGUUGCCCUCAAUUCCAAUGGAAACGAGAUUACAUUGAUUGACCAUGGGAUGCCCAAAUCCCCGUUUGUGAAUGUCGUUUUCCAAGGCCGUGUGGGCGUUGUCUUUUUGGAGAACCCAAUCGGAUGCAAUAAGUUGGCCUCGGUCAAUGCGCUCGAAAAUGAAGUCAAGGCCAUUUUUGGGGUGCAUGGGCCAGAAAUUGAACUCUAUCUUGACCAUAGUGGGGUUGCCGAAACUCUAUCAACGCUCCCUAAAAGUGGAUCCACAUUAUUCGCUAAAACCAAAUUCGGAACUCUAUCCAAAUUGGUUUCCAAAGUUGAUGGGUCUUGUUGUCCAUUCAUAAAUGUGGAAAACGGUAAAUCCAAGGCUGUUGGUACUCUAUUGUUGGAAAAUCCUUCAUCAGAAAGUGUAGCUGAGUACGCCCACGAAAGUGUGAAGGCAAUUUUUUCUCUCAAAGUCCACUCCAAUUUGUACAACGACUCUCAGAAGAAAAAGGUCGUCACGGAUUUGAGGGCUGUUUCGAGCAAUUCUACCAUCUAUGUUUAACUUUGGGCCAAGGAAUGUUUACAUCAAAAAAAUAAAUUCGUGUAAAACACCCCAUCUA